AUGCCUCGGGAAAUUGAGGAAAUCAAGGACUUUCUGCUCACGGCCUGGCGGAAGGAUGCCAAAUCUGUCAAGAUCAAGAAGAACAAGGAUAAUGUGAAGUUCAAGGUUCACUGCAGCAGGUACCUUUACACCCUGGUCAUCACAGACAAGGAGAAAGCAAAGAAGUUGAAACAGUCCCUGCCUCCUGGCUUGGCAGUAAAGGAGCUGAAAUAA